AUGAGUUCAAUCUGCCUCGACUCCCAAGUUUAUCCCCACCUAUGGGACCGCGUGCGCUCCUACGCGCCGCCAGAGCUUCUUCUCCGCCUAAGGCUUGUCGAUCGCGAAUCCUCGGCGAAGGCGACGCGCGCCCUGUUCGACCAUGUGGUCAUCACCCGUGCCACUGGGCUCGACAUGCGCUCGGCGCGGGGGUGUCGCCUCCCUGUCCCACGGCUCGAUGAAUCCCACAAGAACGCAUACCUUCCUAAGCUGCCGCCUGGACCUUGGGAGCACACCCGCGUGCUUGACUUUGAGGCAUGUGUGCGAGGACUCGACGACCAGCCGCUACCUGACCUCAAGUACGUGCGCCGGCGCGUUUGGAGCGAGGACGCGCUCCCUGCCCCUAUUUUCGUCGACAUACUCCGUCUACCUGCAAACCCUGGGGAGGACGCGUACAUGGACAACGUGAGCGAGAGCACAAAGCGGCACGUCGUCGUUGUGCUUUACGACCCCGAAGCGGAGGGAAUCGAAUCGGAUAACAUCAUGAACGUCGACAUGCUCCAAGAGAGUGUACAUGGUGUGUUCGUGUUCCGUGCGUGUAAGCCAGAAAAAGAUGGGAGAGCAGGCACCGAGCAUGAGGCCGAGCCGGUCGGAGGCAAGCUGGGCAAUGACGGCGAUGACACGGAUGACGACCUGGAGGGCGAGGCGAGCGGUAUCGGCGCCGACACCGCAAGUGAUGCCAGCGACCUGAAUGACACUCCCGACGCGGACAACGCACACCGCACGUUCCUGAACAACUUCCUAUGGUGCGCGGCGCAGCGUAUCCACAACGAGUACACAUUCGUCGGCCUCGAGUCGGUUCCAACACACAUCCUGGCAAAGGAGUUCAAGCGCGACCUGGCUGAGGUUACUGCGCGCGAAGCUGAGCCAGAGUGGGCCGCAUACCUCGCAGACGCAGUACUCGAGGGGAUCCGCGCGAUUCCCCGCGACCCCGGGUGGGAGGAAGAGGAGGUCGACGAGCGGGACGUCGCCCAAGUCGUCAAGGUUCUAACGAUGGACGCAUUCCGGGAGCAAGUGGGAAACGAGGCGUGGAUGCUGGAGACGUUUGUGGACCUGGAGUAG